UUAGAUAUUCCUCCUUAUUUACAGUGCAUUCGCUAUGGGUUUCCUCCAAAAGAGCUUCUGCCACCUAAGGAUGGCUUUGAAAACGAGCCUGUACCCUUACAACAUGGUGACAGAGUUACAGUUGAGAUUUUGAAAGCCAAAGACAAACCAGUACAACAGAUGCCAUCGCACUCCAGUCAUGCUGUUUCAGAUGAGGAUUCUGCGGUGUCUGCAAAACCGAUUUCAAAGGAGCUUCAAGACCAAAUUGACAAAGAGAUGUACUCCUUGUGUUUGCUGGCAACCCUCAUGGGGGAAGAUGUUUGGUCUUAUGCUAAAGGACUUCCACAUCUGUUCCAGCAGGGAGGUGUCUUUUACAAUAUUAUGAAGAAAAACAUGGGAGUGGUGGAUGGAAAGCAUUGCACAUUUCCCUACCUGCCUAAUAAAACUUUUGUCUACAACGCUGCUGAAGACAGGUUGGAACUUUGUGUGGAUGCGGCAGGGCAUUUCCCUAUUGGUCCUGAAGUGGAAGAUUUGGUCAAAGAGGCAUUAAACCAAGUACGUUCCGAAGCGUCUUCUAGAAGCAGAGAAUCUAGUCCCUCACAUGGCCUGAUGAAGCUUGGCAGCGGUGGUGUGGUGAAGAAGAAGUCUGAGCAGCAUCACAAUGUAACAGCAUUUCAAGGAAAAGGACACUCACUAGGAACGGCCUCAGGUAGUCCAGAACAUAGUCAGAGAACAAGAGCUCCA